UUGGGUCAUGCUUCGUAAAUCGUAUUAAUAAUUAAACAGUAGUGUCUCCCCUCCCGUGUCCUAUUGGUAUGUUCUGGAUUUUUUUUUAUUGCGGUCCUGGCUCAUCUGGAUUUCUGCAUCCUAAAAGCAUCACUUUUUGGUAUACUGUUUUAAAUUACAGCCACACAGCCGUUUGCGAAUAACAGAUAUUUGCAACAUUUUGUUAGGCAGAUGUGGAUUUGGCAACCCAAUUUAACCUCAACUGUGAAUAUUAUAUUUAUUAAGAAAACACAAACAUAACGAUGGAAGAAAAGCAGUAUGCAUCUCUGACGGUCCCUACGGAUUACCUGCAACAUUGGUUUCAGUCCACUGAGGACAUCGAGCCCCUCCAGACCACGGAGUACGAGCAGAUGACCAAUGCGACUCAUUUGCUGGACGACUUCAGUGAGGAGAGGGUCAUGACAGAGCUGGCCGCCCCACAGGAGCCCGAUUCCCACAUGCAAGCCGAUUCCCACCUGGACCUGGAUUCUGAUUCCCAGCCUCUGUCUGAUAACCAGCUGCAGCCUGCAGAUUCCCAGCCUGCCCCAGAACAAGCUCCACGGAAGGGGAAGAGAGGGAGGCCUCCCGGCAAGUCCUCCAAGUCCAAGCAGGCGACGGGCGAGGCCAAAGCAAAGGUCCAGAGGAAAACGGAUCGCUUCAACGGGAUGUCGGUGACGGAAGUCAUGGCCAAGACCCUGCCGGACAUCCUCACCUACAAUCUGGACAUCCUGAUUAUAGGAAUCAACCCAGGAUUAAUGUCGGCCUACAAGGGACGUCAUUACCCGAAUCCUGGAAACCAUUUUUGGAAGUGCCUCUUCUUGUCUGGUCUCACCGACGUACAGCUCAAUCACAUGCAUGAUCAGACACUGCCAGAGAAGUAUGGGAUAGGAUUCACUAACAUGGUGGAGAGGACCACGCCAGGAAGCAAAGAUCUCUCAAGUAAGGAGUUUCGUGAAGGAGGACGACUUCUAGUGGAGAAGUUGAAGAAAUACAAGCCUCUCAUCGCUGUUUUCAAUGGGAAAUGUAUUUACGAUAUUUUCAGUAAAGAGAUCUUUGGAAUCAAGGCAAAAAAUCUUCAGUUUGGCAUACAACCACACAAGAUUCCGGAAACAGAAACAGUGUGCUACCUGAUGCCCUCGUCAAGUGCCCGCUGUGCCCAGUUCCCCCGUGCCCAGGACAAAGUGCACUUCUACAUCAAGCUGAGGGAGCUACGCGACCAGCUCAAGGGCGUCGUUCCAAGCCAGGAAGUGCAGGAAAUGGAAUACUCCUUCGAUCUGGGCUUGGCCAAAGAGGAUGCUAAGAGGAUCUCCAUCAAGGAGGAGCCGCACGACCCAAAGUACGAGGCAGCCUACGGCCAGGCCUGUGGAGAGCAGGAUCCCGAGACCAGCAACAGCCAGCUCGACUUCUCCUUCUCAGAGUCCAGCGCGGGGGGACGCGAAAUGGUGCUUAAGGACGACUCGCUCUCCGAGGCGAUGGGCUGGUUUUCAGAGGACCAGUGGAUGAUGCACUCGUUUGCCGACCAAAUCCCGGACAUCGGUGGCAGCGGCGCACAGCCCCAACUCUGGGCAAAGAGUACAUGAAGGAGAGGGUGGCCUUCCAAGGGUGGAGAUUACCCAAGACCGUUUCCGAGGAGACCAAGGAAUGCCACAAUUGCUAUAGCUAUGUUUCCAUUAGAACGGUGAAGUUAAUUUAUAUUGCAGAGCACUGAAAAACAUCCCUUUCGAUCUGUGCACCACACCCUUCAAGAUAUCUGUUUCCAUAGAAAUGUAUUUUACAGGAAAAGUGAAACCAUGUGAUUCAGAGCAAACUGCCUAUCUUGAAGGAGAAAGGUGAAUUUCUCUUAGUGCAGUUAGAGCAUGGGGCACAUUUUGUGCAAAUUGCAACGAGUUACAUAUAUCGUAUUCAACAUUUUCCAAAAAUUACGACUUUACAAAAUACGAAAAAAAAAGUUGCAUUUUUAUAAAGUCUACCAACUUUAAAUAAUGUUUGGUUUAAUAUUUAGUGUAUGCACAUAAUUCUCAUUUCCAUUAGGAAAGUCUCACAGACUCCUAAAUCAACUUUGUAAUCUUGCAUGAACUCCCACUAAUGGAAGCAUAACUAAUGUAGUUGGGCCCAUUGAGAUGCCAUACCUAUGUCCCCAGCAACAGAGUCAUGAACAACUGUGCUCCCUCAAGAUACAAGACCAUCUGCGUUCUCUCAAGAUACAUAAAUCAUAGGAGGAAGACCAUUUUUAUCAAAUUGUUCAUUUUUGUUAAGAAAUAUCACCGGGAGUUAUGGAACACUGGUGAGUAAUGACUGUAAAUAUAUUUUAAAAAAUUCUUUAGCAAUGGUUUGUCUUUGUUUUUAGUUUAACAUAAUUCAUGCAUUUUUGUAACAUUUUUUUAAAACAAUGAUAUUUAAGGAAUGGGAACAUUUUAUAAAGUGCAAUUUAGUUUUUUUUGUCUCUUCCAAUUGAACGUGUGAUUGUGCUGCAUAUUUUUUGCCUUCAUUUGUUUUAAUAGCUGUGUUAAAUACAAUGUGUGAAGUGACAGGAACAACUGGACACUGUGUAAUCAAUAUGAAACUUGAAGAAGCCAAGGUUAUUGUGUAACAGUUGAUAAAAACAUUAAGAUAGAAAUUGAUUUUUGCUAAAGAAUUUUCUUUUACCAAGAGCAGGUGAACCUCUGUGGGAUAACAUUUCUUAUUAAUAAAAAUAAAUGAAUACUG